GUCCAAUCAGUGGCCAGCUCAACUAUUUUCCACCUCUCCGCGGCGUGGACCUUGUUGUUGUUGUAGUAACGAGGAGGAAGUGAAGAUGUUCUAGUCCGUUGGGAAGCUAAAAAAACGGAGCUUCAUUCUUUUUCUGCACUGGUGCGUUCUCCGGGGCAACACUGAAACGGACAAUGGAGGAGGGCCAGGAUUUCUCGCUGUGUGGAAAAGCAGCUGUGACUGAAGCCAAUUUGAGAGAUGAGUACUUCUGGAAGCUUGUUGCAGAUUUCAUUGGUCCUCAGUCGGGGGAAGGAUUGGAGCUUGAACAGGCACCGUGCAAGAACAGACUUCUGAUUCAAGUGGGACUUAUGAGAGAGGAUAAUAAUUUUCCAUGGAUUGCCAUUGUUAGUUGGCUCAAGACAAUUUUCCCCAGACACUACUCAGCUGAUUUCCGACGCUUGAUUGAAAGAGGCAUCGCAGCGACGUCGAGUUUGGGAAGUGAAGCGCGGCUGACCUUCCUGGAAUCAGAUGCCAACUUCAACUUUGUCGGCCCGAUAUGUGACAGCAUUGGAGUUGAACGACAGCAUCUUUUGGAAAUGAGGGAUUUCUCAGAGCGGGCACAGUCAAUCGAAGUCACAAAUGGAUUGAUUCUUGAGUUGAGCAACUUUGUCACGAGGGAGAAAAUCGCCCCAGUCGUCAUAGUUUCUUGGCUCAGAAACUUCAACGCAGAGUUUUGUAAGAACGGGAACAUUCAAGUGGCGUACAGAAUUCUCAAGGCCAAGAUAAAAAAGUUAAAACAAUAUUACCAUAACUAUGAAACGAGAAGUAACAGGAGGAAUGUGGCGAUGGAGAAUCUGCUUCAAAGUCCAUUUGAACUGGUGCGGAAAAAAACGCCAAGAUUUCUCGCGAAGAAACGUAUGAGAAGAGAUGAUUAUGAAAAAGUUAAAAUCAAGGAGGAGUAUGAGAGCUAUGAAAUCAUGCAAGGUGAGGGCUCUGAAAUGAGCAGAGGCAUCAUAAAGAAGGUGAUACUGAAAGAACACGUUUCUGUACGUGAUGAAAGCGAUGAGGAUUCGAAAGAAUCCAGCAGUGGAGAGGAAACAUUGGACAGCAAAGGAGAGGCGCUGACCCUGCUUGACAUCGCAAUGCUGUCCGUCCAAAAGCUGUCGAGUGUGUACGGCGGGAAAACUGCAACGUGCAAGCAGGUUUCCUUGGAUCUCCUCAAGAACCACUACAAUCUGACGUGCAAGGAGCAUCCAGCCAUGGCAGAGUUCGAGAGCAAACUCGAGUCACUCGGCGAGGACGUUUCGCUGGCCUCGCCUGUGGUGUUUUUAAACUACAACGCCAAUUUCCUCGUGGAAGUGCACGACGCGGUCGAGCAGCACAUUACGAGCUUCGAAAAAGAGAUCACCCUCUCGACGGGAGAGAAGCUGGGCCGCGACAAGCUUCCCAAAUUCAAGAACUUUGUGAACAUGACAGAAAGCGCCACUUCACGCUACAUUCACAUGGCUUGUGGUGUCCUAAGCCCGGGAACCUCGGACUGGCAGAACUACAGAAAACACUGGGUAGCCUUCUGCGAGGAAAAGAAAAACCCGUCCAGAAUUGCAGUAAAUCGCUCCAACCGAUUCAACAACUACUUCGAAGCUGCUGCAGGUCUCAUUCACCACCACAAAGAGAUCGCCCCUUUCUUCUCUGAUCUGCUGUCGCUGGACAACGACGAAUGUCCCAACGUCAUUCUGGAGAGUGUCGCUGCUGAUGCCAACGAUUCCGUGAUUCAGAGCCUUGUGUGUGUAAUGGCCAUCGUCUACUGCAAAGUCCUCGGUCCCUACUGGCAGCUCCUGAAAAGUGGAGGCGAGUAUUCCCUCUUCGGCAAAUACAUGCUCUGUCUCUACCAAAAGUUCCUCGAUUGGUCCAAAGACCCUUCGACUCUCCUGGAGCCCGAAGAGGCCACGAAUGUUUUUCUGCAGUUCCCGUUGCAAGAGAAAACCUUUGAGGGCGUCUUUGAUUUCUGCGGGCAGUGGCACACAAAUCGGGACAUGAUCAGAGCUUGUUUGAAGAGGGCAAUAAAGGUGAUCGCAGCCGUCACCGAGGAACACCUGAAGGAUUUCCUGCCUGGAGGUAAAUUUUCCCAACUCCCUUCGCCAGAUUUGAGCUCACAAAUGGUAAGUUGCACGUUCUCCGUACUGAUGGCGGAAUACCCCUAUGGCAACGCAUACCAUCACAAGAAGAAAAGACCCGGAAAGCCCUCAAAGUGCUCCUCACACAAGAACUCGUCAACGGAUAGCUCUCAGGAAGAUGACGAGUCUGAGUCAUGUGAUGACGAUGACGACGACUCCGACAAAUCUUUCGAUUCGCAGGCUAAAAGGUAUUCACACUCUGGCCAAAAAGAUGCUAGCAGCACUAAAAGGGAGAAGUCGGUGACGGUCCACCAAGAGGAGAUUGUGGAGAACAUGGACAGGGAUUACAUAAUAGCUAUGGUGAGCCGAAACAGAGGGCCGUGCAAAACGCAGCAAGACGUCGACAAGAUGAUGCUGCGCUUUGACGGGAAAACCCGGGCGGAGAAACGAGAAGCGAUCCGCUGCGAGAUCCUUUACCAGAAGAUGAUCCUCAACAACACGGACCCAAACCUCGAUUGCCUUUUCCGCAACAGCACAGAAAUGGUGAUAAAGCUGAAGCUCGCACUGCCACGUGUUAAACCUGGCUACUCUCUUGUUUUGGAACCUAAAAGGACAAAACAAAAGCCUGUGCUCCAAGACCCGGCUGCAGCAAGCAGCAGCAUGGGAGGGCUGGGAUACCGUUAGAUGGAACAUGUGUUAACAUGUGACUUCCUUACAUGAUUUUGUUUUUACAAAAUAUGCAUAAAUGCGCACAGUGACCUCAAUGUUUUGAAACAACACACUAUUAUGUAAAGUAAACAGGACUGGUCGGACCGAUCCAAACCAAUUAUCUAAAGCAGGACGGGAUUGAUACGCUGACGGACAGAGGAGCAUUCAAUGAGAGUGCUGCUGAAGCAUUUCCAUUAGCAACCAGUUCCAUGGCCAUUCAUUAAUGCAAAUUUGUCUGUUGAUGCCUUGUAAUGUGUGUUGUAAAAACGAAAUAUUUAAUGCCAUCAGAGGAAAAUCCCUUUUUUUUAAUUAGAUUUUUUUGAUAUAGCCAAACUCUUUAAUUUGCUUGGCACUGUAUUGUUACUACUUCCUGAAAACACAAUGUUAAAACAUAUGUAUGUUUUUUUUAAUACAAGAUUGUUUCCGAUUGCGAUCACGCAGAGGUCAGUCAGUAGCUACUGCUGAACGAAAAGAUGUUAAUACGAAUCACUGUCAAAAUAAACAUCUCCUAUGUUCCG